AUGUUUUAUUCGCAGACGUUCUUGGCUCGGAAGGGCCCACUGGGAACCGUAUGGUGUGCGGCGCAUCUGCAGAGCAGGUUAAAGAAGUCCCAUUACACUUCCACCGACAUCCCCUCCACCGUUGAUCGCAUCAUGUUUCCGGAUGUUCCUAUUGCACUGAGAAUGUCAGGACACCUUCUAGUAGGUGUUGUUCGGAUAUACUCGAAGAAAGUCGACUAUCUUUACCAGGACUGUAAUGUUGUUUUGACUAGCCUAAGAAAGGCCUUUGCUUCUAUAGACUUGAAUUUGCCAGAGAAUGCAAGACAAGCACCGGUUCAAUCCAUCACUUUGCCUGACACAUUUGACCUUGAUGCUUUGGAUUUGGAUACAGACUUGUUCCGUGAGGGGGCUCACGAUAAUCAUCUCAGGAGUGAGGAAGACAUCACACUAACAGGUUGUAGAAGUGACUUGCUGAUAUUCAGAUGUAUCUAUCACAUCCAAAAGAGGUUUUUGGUUCAGAUGCUACCCCCCAUGGAUGAGGACAUCGUCCAUACACCUCCAGCUGAGGGGGUUCCUAGUCCAGGCAAUCAGACAGAUGAACAAAUAAGAUUUAGUGAUGACUUCACCCUUCCAAACUUUCCAGAAGUUGAGGUUCCACAACAUGUUGGUUUUGAAGACCCUGUUCCAACUAACCAGAGAGAAAGUUUUGAUUUGAGGCAUAGAGAUGACGGUUCCCCUGAACAUGUUCAAGAAAUGGAAGUUCUGCGAGAUGCUGUUCCUGAUUUUAGCUCAGAAAUCCUUCCUCCGGUUUCCCCCAGUAACAGGGAUGAUGUAACUGAACCACACAGAUCUGUUGACCCUGAAAGUAGUGAGAAAGACAUUCUUUCUCCAAUUAUGGAGGAAACUAUACCUUCUGGUGGGCCAUCUCCAUUAUUUCAGCCAAGUUCAGGACCACCAGCAUCUGUUGCUUCUUUGCCAGAGGGUCUACAAAAUAUUGAUACACAUGUUUCAUUUGAACUUCAACCAACACCACCUCCUGAGCAGCCAAGAGCAAGACCAAGGAAGAGAAAGCAGUAUUUUGAUGAGACCCUUGUGUUGUCCAAUGAGUUUAUGAAUAAGACAAUUCAAGAUACUAGUGAUUUAUUGCGUAAAAGGAGGAAUAUUCCAUGCUCUGCUUUGGGUGUUUGGAAGUUGAACAACAGUUUAAGAAAGGAACAAAUAUUCUUCCAGCCUUCAUUAAGUGGUCUGUGUUCAGAUCUUUGUAACAUUUCCAACAAAGACUAUAUAUCCACAAAAUCCCAUUUGUUUGAGGAAGCUCUUCCAAACUCUAGGCCUACAAGAUCUCCUUCUCCCACAACUGAAGCUUUCUCAGAAGCUAGGGUUGCACAAUCUCCUCGUCCUUUUACAACUGAAAUCUCCCCAGAGCGUAGGGUUGCACGGUCUCUUCCUGUAACUGAAGCUUCCACAGAGUAUAGGGGUGCACAAUCUCCUGCUACUCAAUGCAACCCAGAAAUUGAUCAACUCAGACAUGUUGAAGAACAUGAUGGGGAAAAUAUCUUACCUGAGUUUAUACCUUCACCAAGAUUCAUGCCUUCUCCCAGGAGAGAUGACCUUACGCCUGCUCCAUCUCCAUACUUACGGUCAGCUUCAGUUCCUCCAUUGGAAACAAGCACUGGAACACAAAUACUGCAGACACCAGACCUACCCUCUUCAAUUGGAUUUCAUGAGUCUGUUUUUGAAACUCCAAGGACAAUAUUUGAGGAGCAGUUAGGUCCAGAAAACACUGGUCUAUCAGAUACUCCUGACUUAAGGAAUACUGCAGAAGCUGAAGAUCUUUAUUUUCUGGAAGCAGAUAGCAGUACACCAGCUGGAUCUCAAGGGACACAAGUAGUACCAGGAUCUCAAGGAACACACGCAGUUGAUUCAUUGUCUGUUAGAACCAGGGCUGUGGCUCAGUAUUUAAAAAGGCAAUCUCCUGUCACUUCAACCUCAGAAGACCUAUUUGGAGAUCUCAGCUUAGACAAAAUCUUAGAAGGAAAAACAAGAAAGCUAUGUGCCCGAAUGUUCUAUGAAACUCUGGUUUUGAAGAGUUUCGACCUUGUUGAUGUAAAGCAAGAAGUACCUUAUGGUGACAUUAGUUUGAAAUUGACUCAAACCCUAUCGAAGGCUCAAAUUUAA